AUGGAUGAUCGUGUUUUUUCUUCGCAAUCAAGCCCGAAGGUGCCAGGUUUCAAUUGUACCAAUGUGGAUCAAACUAAGCGUAGAGAUAAUCAACAGGAGGCAAUCAAUAGAGCUGUUAUGUCAAAAAUGUUGAAAGUGUUGUUUGUGCCUAAUCCUACAAAAAUGCCAAUCCAAAAGAUUGUGGAUUUUUUCUUGAAGGAGGUGAAAAUGCGUUCCACCGAGAUGGCAAUAAAGUUAGGAUGGACAUACGAAGACUGGCAUGGAACGCAAAUCGAUAUGCUGAUGUCAGAUGCCGAAAGGGAGGCCUACCAUGAUGGCAGAAUAAAGUGGGGAAGUCUCCCUAUCGAUUCGCUUUUGAAUAAGGAGUGCACUUCAAUUAAGGAUUCAGAACCAAAUAUGCAGGAUGUACAUUCAAAUCGGAAGAGAGAGGCUACUCGAUCUGAGGAAACCACUGUCAAGCAACCUAGAUGUGAAAAUGUUGAUGAGGAAGCCACGCCAACGGAGAAUGUUGAAGGUGACAACGUUGAUGAAAUGAAUGGGUAG